AUGUCUUCAACUAUUCUGCUUUUCUUUGUUUGUUUCUUCCCCCUUCCAGUUGAAAUGGCUAUGAGAAACCAGAGUACAUUGAGUGAAUUCACAUUGGUCUCCCUUCCUGUCAUCCAGGAGCUUCAAGUCUUGCUGUUUGUCAUUCUCCUGCUGGUUUAUAUGCUCAUCAUAACAGGAAACAUUGUCAUCAUUUCCUUAAUAUGGACUGAUAAUCGUCUCCAGACACCAAUGUAUUUCUUCUUUAGUAAUUUGUCAUUUUUGGACAUUUUGUUCACAACUACUAUUGCCCCACAGUUGCUAGCUUGUCUCUUAGAAAAGAAGAAAACCAUAUCCUUUGCUGGCUGCAUCACUCAAGUUUAUUUCUACUUCUUUCUGGGGACUGUGGAGUUUAUCCUCCUAGCGGUGACGUCCUUUGACUGCUAUGUGGCCAUCUGUAACCCCCUGCGCUAUACCAUCAUCAUGAAGAGUAGGGUCUGUCUCCUGCUGGUUCUGGGCUGCUGGGUGGGAGCCUUUCUCUCAGUGCUAUGCCCAACUAUUGUGGUGUCCAGACUGCCCUACUGUCAUAGAGAAAUUAGUCAUUUCUUCUGUGACAUUGCCCCUUUACUACAGGUGGCCUGCAUUGAUACCCACUUCAUUGAGAUGAUAAACUUCCUCUUAUCUUCCCUUGUGGUCCUCAGUUCACUGGUGCUCACCACCACAUCGUACACCUACAUCAUUUCUACCAUCAUGCGCAUCCCCUCAGCCCAAGGACGUCAGAAGGCCUUUUCCACCUGUGCUUCUCACAUCACAGUCGUCUCCAUUGCCUAUGGAAGCUCCAUCUUCAUGUACGUGAGGCCCAACCAGAGCCAUUCACUGGAUUUUGAUAAAGUGACGGCUGUCCUCACUACAAUGGUGACCCCUCUUCUGAAUCCUUUCAUUUAUAGCUUGAGGAAUGAAAAGUAAAGGAAGUCCUGAAAGAGUCAGUUAGCAGGAUAGGUCCACCACAUUCCAAGGGAACAUAACACUAAGCAAUUUCAGGACAUGUAAGCUAUGCUUUCUCUCUAUAGCACCUUGUGCCGUAUGAAGACUGACACCAAAGUACAACUGAAGUCUCAGAAUCUGUCAGCAGGAUGAUUAACCAUCACACAUCAUCAACAGUGAAGUAUGGAAAACCAGAAGGAAAAAAAAAAAGAAUUCUAUGUUCAGUCUUUGAAAUAUUUUUCAAAUAGUAACAUAGGAUCAUGGAAACACUCCAGGCCCUGAGUCACAAGAGCUAAUGUC